AUGGGGCCCGCAGCGUCACGUGUCGUCACGGCCCGCCCUCAUAAACAACGCAUUCACCUUCAGCUCCGCAGCGUCACGCGGCUCUGCACGGGCGAGGGAGACGUUCACGUUAAGGCCAACCAUAUCCAGACCCUUUUCGUCGAAAGGCAUUUCCUAGUGUCAGCAAGGGAAAUGGACCGAGGCGGCUGCCAGAUGAGUGGAGGCGGCGGCGGCGGUGGUGGCGACGGCAGCGGCAUCGACCGACACGGGAUGAUCACACUGGAGGACCUGGAGUCUUUCUCCGAGGACCAGCUAUCAGACUCGGGCAAUGGCAGUCUCGAAGAGGAAGGAGAAACCAUGGAGGAAGACGAAAAUUCCGACCGACUGCUACAUUACUGGCAGGAGGUAGCAAGGGGACACCAAGUGGAAGUUUCUCAAGAUAUGGCGGAGCCCAUUCAACAGCUAAGCAGCAACAACCAAGGACGCAGCCACAGAGAACACGUCCCUUUUACACUCCUCGCACGCAAGGAGAAGUGUGGGGAGCUGCUGUAUGAGAAACGCCAAUAUGAAAAGGGCCACUGGGCCUGUAUAACCAUGCGUGAGGAAACGUAUGAACAGAGCAUCUGCUAUGGUUUUAUGAGGAUAAUGAGAUACAUCUGUCAGCAGAACUCCGUAGGUGACUACCUUGGCAUGACUCUACCCAUUGUGACAGUGGUACGCACAGAUGAAAACCAUUCCCUGAUCUCCCAUGAUGUCACUGUGGCGUACUACCUCCCUGCUGAGCAUCAGGCCCAGCCUCCACAACCUACCGACAAUGAGAUUGUCUUAGAGGUGUGGCCUGCCACCACCGUCUACACAAGGCCCUUUACUGGUCCAACCAACGAAGUGACCAUCAUGACCCAGAUCAACACCAUGGCCGAGCUGCUAGAGUCUCCAGGUGUGUGUGUCAACGACUCGUUCAUCGUGGCCGGCUAUACCAACCCAGCUCACAGCAACCGUCAGAAUGAGAUCUGGUUCCUGGAGCGACGCUGACAGCAGCGCAGCACCCUGCCACGGACUUUUGAGCCUCACAAACUCUAAACACUGCCCCAGCUCAGCCACAGCCUCAGGUGCAACUUCAUCUUCAGUCCACUUCUCUACCUGAAACGACCACCAGCCCAGCACACUCCACGAGUUUUCAUUUUUAACAGAAGUAGAAAAGACAAAAAAGAAGCUCCACCCUUCUUGUUGUGACUUUUAUUGUGACUUUCCUCCAUGCUCAUUUUGAACGGAUCUGCAUUUAAUUUUAACCCUCUAGAAAAAAAGAGAACCUUUCCACUGCCGCCAUAGUCUCAUGAACACAGAGUAGAUGCUGUGGGGGAGCACUGUUUUCACCCACUGCUCUGAUAUGGAUAGAAACCCUUAUUGAACACGGUGCUCUCUCGUUAAAACACUGAGGUAGUUUUGACGGUUCGCACUCUGUGAACACGUUGUCAGGCUGUCCGAGCAGGUGGAAACAAACUCUCAGUGGACAUGCAGCUUUCCUGUGCUUCGGUUUGUUUGUCGCACAGCCGUAAUGUCUCCUCACAUGAGGUCCAUCAUUCUGAAUUCAGCUCGGUUUGGCUCCACUCGUAAUUUAUCUCUGGAGUUCUUUUUCAAGAUUUGCUGCAGGUUGAAACUUCAGGCUAUACCCAUCGUGGUGCAUAUUUUCUGUCAACAGGAAGUGCAAAGACCAAUAAUCAAGACGCCAGUUUCUGGGCCGCCAGCCCAAUCCAGUCAGUGGGUGUUUUUAGUUGCUGGGGAUGUAGGGCAAGGAAAGGAUGUAUACAGGACGAUUUACAGUCCAGUUCUCAGUACCCACACCAGAGGUAGUGGCCUAGAACAUAGAUAGGUGCAGCACAACAGGUGAUGCUAAUUUAGGAAACAAGCAUCUAUGAACACGUUACGUUCAUGUACUUGCAAAUGAAUGUAAAGCUACGAUGCAUCGCACUUCUACAAACCAAAUGCUGAUUACAAAUCACUGAUUACACUGCUGAAAGACAAUCAAACAGUACAGUAGAUGUUAGAAAUGCUCUACAGAGUGGUGCAAAGUAAUGCAUUCCUCAUGUUUCAACACUUGUUCACACAGUAUUUACCAGUGUACCUCUAUGUCAUGCUUUUUCUACUUGCUACUCUGUGUCAGUGUUAGUUAGCAUUCACUAAUGUACUGCAAACACGACUGCUGCUGAGUAGGGACAAUGCAGACCUAAAAAAAUAAAUAGUGCACAGAGAACAUCGACAGUGGUUGUCGCGUUUAAAUCUCUUUUUUUUUCUAAUGUUGUUAGUUUUAUCAUCGCAGAUGAAGAAUUUAGUAACUCAGACAGGAUGUGUGAUUGUUUAAAUAUACUUUGAACAUAAAUGUAUGAUUGCAAUCCAUCCAAAACAAGGUGGCGAUGCCAGCUACGCCUGGAGUUGACAGCGCUGUUGGGAUUUUCCCCAUACGCACUGCUGGGUUAGCCAGUGAAAUAUAACUGGAAGUUAACAAGGUAAAAUCAUCACUGUGUGAAGAUGUUUACCAGGACAGGAGGGUCUCUGAGACACUUCUUUAAUGUGUGGAAAUUAAUGAUAAGAAAAUUCACCACCAAGUCAAAGAAAGUCCUCAAAUUUUUUCAAGAUAUUUUCCUAAUGUUUUAUUGAGUUGGGAGAUUGUCAACUCAUAAUUUAAAGCAGUUGGAUGACAAAACAACAUCCAAGUCCAAAGAAUAUAUUUUAAAUUAAACAAUAGUCGCUUUGAAGCGUGUAAACGCUUGCAAAGCCAGAACUCUUAGGUUGGUUUUCCCUUUAAAAGCCUGGCAAUUACUUUGUUUCCCCCUCCUUCUUCUUUUCUUUUUUGUAAAUUUUAGUAUUUUGCAAAAGUGUGAUGUACUGUGAAAAUUCAAGUGCAACAAACAAAUGCUACUGUGGUUUUCUUUGUUCAAUAAAAAUGUACUUGUCUCCUGUCUUUUGAAAUGAGCCUGAAUCGCGUUUCCCUGGACCCAUUUACACUACACAUUUUGGCCAUAGAACCACAAACACACCACGGAGCAAAUGAAAAAUGAAGGAAGCAUUUCACCUUUAUGUUCAACGUGACAGCAGAAAUGAGGCUCUGCCGUCUGUUU